CGCCUCAGGAUUAGCGGUGCACACAAUGGCGGAUGUGGGAGACAUGAUAGUCCGUCGGCCAUGUCGUGGGCGUAUUGCCAUUGUAGUAGCGACCUACGAGUCCGCACUUUCCUUCUCGUGACUUGCAGACGCAAUGGGAAGUCGCGACUGCCUCAGAGGUCGACCAGGCAAGUGGCAAAUCUCAUUCUCUACCAUCAUUCCUCACACCUGCUCUCCUCAACACACACAUCCUCACAUCCUACAAUGGCGGAAUCACGAAGUCGCCAGUCGACUUCGUACUCCAGCUACAGCACAUCGCACGAGAGAACUACCUCGCAAUAUCCAACGACCUCAUACAAUACGGGCCAGCAGCGCACGUCGAAGACCAACACAACAAGCUACAACCGGAGUGCUUCCAAUCGUAUUCACGAGCUUCUGGGAUACAAUGAUACCACUACUGAAUCACGCACUGGGGCUCGCAGUGGCAGCAGACCAGCAACGGCCCGCCCUCGCACCGGCGUGUCAACUCUUGGAGUCGAGAAUCAAGAGAUCAUAUGUGCUGUCAGCGAGUCGAGAGGCAUCGCGCCGACUGUCGGCAUAGCAUUUGUCAAUUUGGACACUGGUGAAGCCGUUCUCAGUCAAUUCAGUGACAGCCAGACCUACGUCAAGCUCGUGCAUAAACUCAUGGUCUUCAAUCCAAGCAAUAUCUGCAUUGUCGCCACUGCUUCCAACCCUAAGUCCAAGCUGUUCUCGAUCAUCGAAGAACACCUCGAAGACAUCGGCUGCCUGCUCACUUUGCUCGAUCGCAAAUACUGGGCAGAGACAGCAGGCCUUGAGUACAUUCAGCAGCUCGGUUUUCCCGAGGAUAUCGAAGCCAUCAAGACUGCGGUCACGGGCAACUACUUCGCUGUAUGUAGCUUCGCAGCUGCGCUGAAGUACACUGAACUUGGAAUGCUGAAGACAUUUCCCUAUCAUUCGCUCCGCAUCAAAUAUGAGCCACCUGAGGGAUCGAUGAUGAUCGACCUCAUGACCAUCAAGUCACUGGAACUGGUGCAGAACUUGUGCAACCCAAAGUCCAAAGACUGUUUGUUCGGCCUGCUCAAUGAGACUUUGACUCCCAUGGGCAUGCGACUCUUGAGGAGCAACCUGCUGCAGCCUUUGACUAAUCAGGAAACGCUCAACAAACGCUACGAUGCUGUGGAGGAACUCAGCACCAAGGAAGAAAUGUUCUUUGCUGUCCGCGCUGCGUUGAAAUCUUUCCUCGACGUGGAUCGCAUCCUCACCCAGCUGAUCAUCAUUCCGAAAGAGCCGAAUUUGCACGAUACAGAACAGUCGAUCAACAAUGUCAUCAUGCUCAAGCACUUCAUCGCCCACGUCAGACCAAUGUGGGAAGCAUUGACUGGGUGUCGCUGUGAGAUCAUUGCCGAAAUCCAGCGCAUUUGUGCUCCUGAGAACGUCGAGACCGUCGUCGGACUCAUCUCUGACACCAUCAACGAGGACACCAUGUAUGCGAACCAGGCAUUGGAUUUGCAAAAUCAACGCACCUAUUCUGUCAAGUCUGGUGUCAACGGCUUGCUCGACGUUGCCCGUCAGACCUACAAAGAAGCAACGACAGAUACAUUGCAGCACAUGGAUGACAUGUCUCAGGAGCACAACUUACCGUUCCAGACAAAGUUCGACAAUUCACGCGCGUUCUUCUUCCGGCUUCGUGAACAUGAGCUUGAGGACCGCGCUUUGCCAGCCGUCUUCAUCAAUGUUUUCCGCAAGAAGGAUGUGAUCGAGUGUCAGACUCUGGAGUUGGUUCAGCGCAAUCAGAGAGUCAGAGAUGCUCACUCGGAAGUCAUGCUCAUGAGCGAUCGGCUGAUCAAGGAAUUGAUUGCCAAUGUGCGUGAGCACAUGUCUGGUCUUUUCAAGAUCUGCGAAUGCGUUGCCAUGUUGGACAUGCUCGCUGCUUUCGCACAGCUUGUUACUUCGCAAGACUACAGCAGGCCUGCCAUGAGCAAGACACUGGCGAUUCGUGCUGGGCGGCAUCCGAUCCGCGAAAAGAUACACAAGGCCAAAUUCAUCCCCAAUGAUGUCUACGCAACCCAGCAGGCCCGCUUCCAAGUCAUCACGGGCUGCAACAUGAGCGGCAAGAGCACUUACAUCCGCACCGUGGCCUUGAUGACAGUCAUGGCACAAAUCGGCAGCUUCGUGCCUGCUCAAUACGCAGCAUUCCCCAUCACCCGGCAGCUUUUCGCCCGCGUAUCAAUGGACGACAGCAUCGAAGCCAACGUCUCAACCUUCGCAGCCGAAAUGCGCGAAACAGCUUUCAUCCUCAAAAACAUCGACCGCAACAGCAUGGCAAUUGUCGACGAGCUAGGUCGCGGCACAAGCACUCGAGACGGCCUCGCCAUCGCCAUCGCCAUCGCAGAAGCCCUCGUCGAGUCCCGCGCUCUCGUCUGGUUCGCAACCCAUUUCCGCGAUCUAUCCAACAUCCUAUCCGAACGCAACGGAGUCGUGAACCUCCACCUCUCUGUCAAAAUGUCCCCCAACCGAAUGGAGAUGCUGUAUAAAGUGGCCUCUGGAACAGUGAAAGAAGAACACUACGGUUUACAGCUCGCGAAAAUUUUACCAUUUCCGUCAGAAGUCAUCGAACACGCUGAGCUCGUCAGCCAUACCAUCGAAGCACAAGUCAAGAAGCGAAAAGAACAUUCCAUAGGUGUCGUGCAUGCCCGACGCAGGAAAUUACUCCUCAAUCUCGAAGAGCAUUUACAGCAGGCGCGAGAUGGGACGAUGUCGGAUGAGAAUUUGAAGAAGUGGUUGGAGGAUUUACAAAUGGCAUUUGUGAAUCGGAUGGCUGCGCUUGAGGAGGAGGAGAAGAGGAUUGUCAAUGGAGAUUAUGAUGAGGAUGAGAUGACUGUGGUCGAGGAGGCGGAGAGCGAGGAGCACGAUAAUGUCGAUGAUGGUGAUGAGACCACCCAAGAUGCGACGACUACGAUGUCUGGUCAGCACGCUGGAGACGAAAAUAUGAGUAACUACACUCUGCAUCAGGAUCCGGACGCUGAUAAGGAGAAUCAGCCUCCUACCACAGUUUGCCCUGACGCAGACUUCGUUGUGGAGGAAGCCGGACCAUCGACGACGCAGUCAACGACUAUUCAAGUCAGUCAAGGACGAUACGAUCGCUCUCGGCAUCAACAGCGCAGAGACCCUCGGGCCAUGCCUGGUAGGGUUCCAUUGCGCACAUUGAGCUGAAAAGAGACGGUGACCGGAAUACGCAGCUGAGCUGAAAUGCUGCCGAAUCACGAGCAGGUGACAGUGGCUGAACAAACAUGUGCAGCACAGCUUCCAGAAAACCAAGCCCCUCGCUCGCAGGGGUAAAAAAUGAAGGCAUCAACUAGAGAGCAGCGAUUGACAAAAUUUCAUAAAACUACUACUACUACUAUUGCUGUACG